GGCACGCGCUAUUGAACCCUCGCGCGGCACCGAGAAAGUCGACUGAUUGUGCAAAGAAACUUUACCGACUUUCUCAUACGGCGGAACACAGAGAAGACUGACUCUUUCGCCUUCCGUUGCAGAUAUGAGACACAAUUUAAUUCCCAUGGUUCGGAUAUCACGCUCAUCCGUGGAUUUCAAAGACCUUCUUGUGGAUUUGCACUUUGCUUGAUCUUGAAGAGUUAGUUUUUUGACAACGUUUGCUGGGAUUUUAAGUUCCUCGGAAACAUGCCGGAGAAAAUAAGUAUUUCGGAUUUCGUUUCUUUGGCGAAAGAGGAUCUUUCGUCUCCGGGGAGCUCUGGGUUUCAGUCCAAAAUGAGCGACUGUCGGAGCACCGUGGCCGCGCUUGAGGAGUCUCUAGAGCAGGACCAGACGUCCCUACAGAAGAUGAAGAAAAUUGUGAAGGCCAUCCACAACUCUGGACUCAAUCACGUGGAGAAUAAGGAGCAGUACACAGAGGUUCUGGAGAAUCUGGGCAACAGCCACCUGUCGCAGGAUAAUAAUGAGGUGUCCACAGGCUUCCUGAACCUGGCCGUGUUCACGCGAGAGGUCACUGCACUCUUCAAAAACCUGGUGCAAAACCUAAACAACAUAAUUUCUUUCCCUCUUGAGAACGUGUUGAAGUCUGAGCUGAGAGACAGCAGGCUGGAGCUGAAAAAACAGAUGGAGAAAAGCUGGAAGGAUUAUGAUGCUAAAAUAGGGAAGCUGGAGAAAGAAAGAAGGGAGAAACAGAAACAGCAUGGGCUGAUCCGAUUGGACAUGACAGACACAGCGGAGGACAUGGAAAGAGAACGCAGGAACUUCCAGCUGCAGAUGUGUGAGUAUUUGCUGAAGAUUCAGGAGCUGAAAAUUCGUCAAGGUCCAGAUCUGCUGCAGGGUCUGAUCAAGUACUUUCAAGCCCAACUUAACUUUUUCCAGGAUGGACUGAAGGCUGCAGAGAAUCUUGGUCCGUUUGUAGAGAAGUUGGCAGCCUCUGUACAUACGGUUCGUCAUGAGCAGGAUGAAGAAGUAAAGCAGCUCUCUCAAUUGCGAGACUCACUAAGAACACAACUACAAGUGGAUGGCAAAGAGGAUUUUCUAAACAGAAAGAACUCCGGUCAUGGAUACAGUAUCCACCAGCCUCAAGGCAAUAAGAAAUACGGCACAGAAAAAUCUGGAUUCCUCUUAAAAAAGAGCGAUGGGAUCAGAAAGGUUUGGCAGAAGAGGAAGUGUGGGGUGAAAUAUGGCUGUCUCACCAUUUCUCACAGCACGAUCAACAGACCACCCGCAAAACUCAAUCUUCUGACAUGUCAGGUGCGGCCCAACCCUGAGGAGAAGAGGACGUUUGAUUUAGUUACACACAAUCGCACAUACCAUUUCCAGGCUGAGGAUGAGCAAGAAUGCAUGAUAUGGGUGUCUGUGCUGCAGAACAGUAAAGAGGAGGCCUUGAACACUGCUCUGGGAGGAGAUCAACUGCAGUUUCAGGAUAGUGGUCUGCAAGAGCUCGUCCGAGCUGUUAUCUCAGGCCUGAGAAACCUGCCUGGCAAUGAGUCCUGCUGUGACUGCGGAGCACCAGAUCCCACAUGGCUCUCCACUAACCUGGGCAUCCUUACCUGUAUCGAGUGUUCAGGAAUCCAUCGUGAGCUCGGAGUACAUCAGUCACGAAUUCAGUCUUUAACUCUCGAUGUGCUAAGCACCUCUGAGCUUCUGUUGGCAGUGAGCAUUGGAAAUGCCAGAUUUAAUGAUAUCAUGGAGGUCAACUUACCCAAUGAUGCAGUCAAGCCUCUUCCAAAGAGUGACAUGACAGCGAGGAAGGAGUACAUUGUAGCAAAGUAUGCAGAGCGGAGAUAUGUUCUCCCUAAAGAGCACUCUGAAGCAUACCGCAUGUUUGACACUGUGAGGAGCAAAGACCUCAUGUCACUGCUGCAGCACUACGCAGAGGGAGAGGACCUGUCUAAACCAGUCACCAUACCCGAUGGACAGGAUCUGAAGGAGACCGGUCUUCACUUAGCUGUGCGCAUGUCUGAUAAGACUUCUCUGGCUCUGGUGGAUUUUCUUGCACAGAACUGUGGCUGCCUGGAAAAGAAGACUGUAGAAGGAAACACAGCUCUUCAUUACUGUGCAUUGUACAAAAAAACAGAGUGUUUGAAACUUCUACUCAAAGCAAAGGCUGUUUUACAUACAGUGAACUCUGCGGGCGAGACGGCUCUUGACAUUGCCAAGAGACUGCAGCACAUGCAGUGUAUUGAACUGUUGGAAUUGGCACACAGUGGGAAGUUUAACUCUCAGAUCCAUGUUGAAUACACAUGGGAGAUGCCACAGGACAUGUAUGACAGUGAAGACGAUCUGGAUGAAAGGGCAAGUCCCCAUCCUAAAGGCUCACGGUCUCCACUUCCCCCUACUGGCAUGAACGGGCACUGCUCGUCUGCGUGGAAUUUAAAUAAAAGCUGUCCAGCCAGAACCUAUGAGAACAUUGACUUCCUAUAUCAAAAUCCACCCAACAACAGCGCCCCUACUGGUUGCCACAUGCCACCUCCAUUACCAGCUAAAGCAAUACAGAGAGGACGUUCAGAUCCUCAGAUUUCGGGUUCCAUUCCAGAGACUCACACCCCAUACCGUCAGAGUUCUCAUCCCACGGGCUGCUUUCAGAGAAUCAGCAUUACACCUCCAGAGCCCUGUGGACCCACACCUGCACGUUCUCACAGCACCGGACCAUCUAAAGGACAGAGACAGACCGUGUUCUGGGAGGGACAGGCUUUCUCAGGGGCAGAGGGCAAAAAUCACUCCACCUCACCCCAGAGUCAGAGAGGACCUGUCAGCUCAGAGAAGACGACCUCAUAUCGGCGGACGAGUGGCGGCAGUCAAGGAAAGGGUUCAGCUCCAUCUCCAGGCUAUGCAGGCAGUCAGGAGGAACUUUACUGCAGUCCAGCUUCCAACCCUGCACCUCCUCCAGCUAAUGCUAACAACAGUGUCUCGGUGCCAGUUUUACUGCCACCACCUCGCUCACGCAAAAAUGCGAUGAUCUCAUUAAGGGAAAGGCCCAAAAAGGUCAAAGCAUUGGUUGACUGCAGAGCGGUUGGAGCCAAUCACCUCGCUUUUUUUAAGAAUGAGGUCAUCAUAGUGACAGCAACUGACGACCCACACUGGUGGGUGGGCCACAUAGAGGGAGAACCUUCUAGAAGCGGCACCUUUCCAGUCAACUAUGUACAUAAAUUAGGAGAAUGAGAUGACACCAUGUAGAGCCAGUCUAGACUGUUGCUUUUAUCUUCAGAGCCGUUGGACCUAGAAGCGGUGAAAUGCACUUAGAAGAUGAAAGACUUGAGAACAGACUCUCUCACAGCAUUAGUGUGGACACGGUAAGAUGAUCCAUUCAGUGUUGCUCAGAACGGAUCUCAGCUGUUCAUCUGGACUGAAGGAUUGGCAGGUACGUUUUAUGAAUGACUGGACUUCUUUGGUGGAAAAAAGGGCUUUGUUGUUAGACUGCACUUGUUGUAUCUUAUUGAUGUUGACGCCGUGGCUAUUGGAGUUGAAGGUCUCUAAAAGAGAUUGUUGCCAGACUCGGAGGCACUGGGCUCAUUUGCUGAACCUCAUCCUGUGGUUGCUGCUCUCUGGAUAUCAUUUUAUACCAUCAGGCAUUAUGACGUGCCCAUUAGUCCUAGCCAGACAGCAGGUCCACCAGACAGAGGAGGAUGGAUUUGGUUUCAUCUGUCUCCUCUGAACCGUCGUCUCCUAUUGCUGCUGAUUCCCGGACAUAAGAAAUAAGGGUUAUUCAUAAACAUAAGGCACACAAAGAUUCUAGAGACCGCAAACAACAAGAAACACUCAAUAGGUUUGGACUGCAGAUUUUUCAGUAUUGUUCAGUAUUGCUACUUACGAAAGAAACCCAAAAUACAUCAAGUAACCCACA